AUGCCCUCUCAACCACUUCUGAAGCCGUACUGGGAGAACAAACAGCACCUUACUGUAUCGAAAGGACUGCUCAUGUACAACAGCAGGAUCGUAAUCCCGCAAUCGCUCCAGCUGGGAAUGUUGGAGGUUAUCCACGAGGGCCACCUCGGCAUCACUAAAUGCCAAGGUCGAGCCGGUUGCUCAGUCUGGUGGCCACUUAUCACCAGACAGAUAGAGGACAUGGUAAACCGGUGGCACAUCUGCUCCAGACUGCGCCCUGAAAGAAAAGAGCCUCUUAUACCACUUUCAUAUCCCAGCAUGCCUUGGACACGUCUUGGCAAAGACUUGUUCGAGAUUGACAAGAAAAUGUACAUUGUUGUAGUAGACUACAACAGCCGAUGGUUCGAAGUCAAGCAGCUCCAUACAGUCACAGCCAGCGCAGCAAUAUGCGUGAUGUGUGAACUCUUCGCAAUGCAUGGCAUACCGGAAACUGUGGUCUCGGACAAUGGGCCGCAAUAUGCCUGCCAGGAGUUUAAAGAAUUCGCCAAGGACUGGGGAUUCCAGCACGUCACGUCCUCACCGAUCUAUCCCCAAGCUAAUGGUGAGGUCGAAAGAGCUGUGCAAACAGCCAAGAACAUACUCAGAAAAACGCCAAUCCAUACCUAG